UCAUCCUUUCAACGGUUUUCUUCGGGCAAUAUUUCGUUCGAAUUUUGAAUUUUUUAAAGCGGGGCGAUAGCUUGGCUAUAGAAACUUAAAAGCUUGCUAGCAAAAUACACUAGAUCGACUUCUAGAGGCUCAGUGGACUGAAUUAUUGAUGUGACGAAGGGCUUGGAAAAGUCUUAUUGUGAGGGAGCGGUUCGAUUURUCCAACUCCAACGUGAUUGCUGAUUCAGCGCGCGAUUUUUGUUUUUUUGUGUAAAGAAAAUUUUCCUGGAUUGUCAAUUUUGCCGGAGAUCGCUGGCUUCUAUGCUUCAACUUUACUUCAUUGUAAUAASAAUGGAAUUUGUGGAUUUACAAUGGUAGAAAGAAUGACUGCAAGCGCCGAAAUGCACCGGUAAAAUGCUGUGGGUUACGUAAUGGAGGAGGCUGGAGUUGGGAAAGGGGGAACAACAAAAGGUAAAUAUGAUGGACAAACUCCAGCAACAAAUGUUAUUCCCAACAUGAAUUGUGUGAUGUCAAGCACUCUAGAGGAUCAAACAGAUGAUGUAGACUUUGCUGGAGUGCAGAGCUUGUAUAGCAGAAUUCCAACAAAGUUUAGGGAUCCAAGUGGAGCUCCAUUACGAAAAUUAAGUUUGGAUUUAAUCAAGACGUAUAAACAGAUUAAUGAGGUUUAUUAUGCAAAAAAAAGGCGAAGAAAAGAGCAAGAAAAAAGUGAAGAAGUUGGCCACAAAAAAGAGAGACGGUUGUACAAUGAUGGCUAUGAUGAUGAGAAUUAUGAUUACAUUGUUAAAGUUGGUGAAAAAUGGUUUGAUCGCUAUGAAAUAGAAUCCCUGAUAGGAAAAGGCUCCUUUGGACAGGUUUGUAAAGCUUACGAUCAUCAAGAAAAAGAACACAUAGCCGUGAAAAUCAUCAAAAAUAAGAAACCAUUUCUAAACCAAGCUCAAAUCGAAGUCAGACUACUGGAAAUAAUGAACAAGCACGAUCCAGAAGGAAAAUAUUACAUAGUUCGCUUAAAAAGACACUUUAUGUGGCGAAAUCACUUGUGCUUAGUGUUCGAACUGCUUUCUUACAAUUUAUACGACUUAUUACGAAACACGAACUUUAGAGGAGUGUCUCUUAAUUUAACUCGUAAAUUCGCCCAGCAAAUGUGUACAGCUUUGCUAUUCUUGUGCACGCCUGAACUAAGCAUUAUACACUGCGAUCUCAAGCCAGAAAAUAUUUUAUUGUGCAAUCCAAAAAGAAGUGCAAUCAAGAUCGUGGAUUUUGGGAGCUCCUGCCAAAUAGGAUCCAGGAUCUACCAGUACAUUCAAAGUCGGUUUUACCGUUCUCCAGAGGUCCUUCUUGGCAUUGCUUAUAACCUUGCUAUCGACAUGUGGAGCCUUGGAUGUAUUCUCGUAGAGAUGCACACGGGUGAACCGCUGUUUAGUGGUGCUAACGAGUUCGAUCAAAUGAUGAAGAUUGUCGAGGUUUUAGGAAUCCCUCCCAAGGAGAUAUUGGACGAAGCACCAAAAGCAAGGAAGUACUUCGAACGGUUAGCUGACGGUUCGUACGCGUGUAAAAAAAGCAAGGACGGCAAAAAGGAAUAUGUUCCUCCAGGCACUCGUAAACUUCACGAUAUUUUAGGCUGUGAAACUGGCGGCCCCGGUGGCCGGAGGCUCGGUGAGCCGGGUCAUUCUUUACAGGACUAUUUAAAAUUUAAGGACCUUAUUCUUCGAAUGUUGGACUACGAUCGAAACUCUCGAAUAAMGCCUUAUCAAGCAUUGCAUCAUUGCUUUUUCAAAAAGACUGCUGAAGAAGGCACAAAUACGACACAUUCGGCCACCUCYUCYCCAGCUCAGGGAUGCACUACUGCUAACCCAACAAGCACAACAAGCACGAGUACUGCUGACACUCGCGCAUGCUCAGAUCCAACAGCACACGCUUCUGUUACGGCUUCAGCGAUGGAAUGCGAUAGCCCAAGCAGCAAAGGCCAGCAAGCAUGGAGCAAUACGGGCUCUAAUUUUAAGCAAACAGUUGAAAUAACGCCCUCAAAUGAUUCAGAAUCAAGAGGUGCAACUCAAGCGCUUCAUAUGACCGCUUCAAAUACUUGCAGCGARGGUUCAUCAGCAUACAGCUCGGCAUCUGGUGACGUGGGUCGCAGCCAAGGGCGUAAUUAUGGACCCGGUUCACGAGUAUAUUAUAGCUCAGAAACUAUGUCAAAUUUCUCGUCUUCGAGUUCAUGUAAUUCGAUGAACAUGGAACAACCUCUGCCCAUAGGAUCUGGUAUAACUUCUGCGGUAGGUUCAGCAGAGUUAUGUAGUAAUCGUARUUACCCGCCAGYCCCACAAGCUCAAGAUGCGAACUAUUCAACGUCUACAAAUAAUACAUACGAAUAUUAUUCAUCGGGAUCCAAUGCUCUGCCUCAGCGGGGAAUCAAUCGGAGGGACAUUGUACAACAGCAUUCCACUGGUGAAGAUUCUCCUAUGGUAGGAGUUUGUGUUCAACCUAGUCCCGUUGUCAGCAAUUAAAGAAAAAACAGUUGACGUUUUCGAUUUAUUUUGCGCCCUAGGUAUCUGGAUGACACCAUAAGAGCGUCGUCUCAGUGRAAGAGAAGAGGAGAGCACCACARACGAGCUUCUCGCUCGCUCUGUGUCAGUGAAGGCCUCGGCUGAUUCCUCACGUCAUCACGCCACGAGCCACAUCGUUCACUGCAUGACAGGACAGCACACCACUUUGCGUUUGAACCAACUCUCUUAAGACACGCAGUUUGGCCAAGAUGAUAUAUGCGUUAUUGGGCUAUUUGUUUCGGGAUUGUGUAGAUUGGAAAUGCAAAAUUCAACGGCACUUUAGCAAUUCAUGCUAGUUUUGUUACUUAUUCCAGUACCGCAAGGUCCUCUGCAGUAGGUUUUCCGUUAUAUGGCUUUGAAGUUUUUCGAUAUAUUUACCUCAAGGCAAAAGUAUUUAUUGGCUGCUGCCGAACAUGUGGGGUCUAUCUUAGAACAUGGAUUGUGUUGGAGGAACUUGUUCUCGUUUGAGCUAACAUGGAUGUCAAUAUCCUGAUGUUUGACUGAAAUAGAGACAUUCGAUAAAAGAGACCUAAAGAAGAGCUCCAGUCACUCAUUAUGUUAUUAUAGGGAACAACACUCGUACGAAAAUAYUAGACUAAUAUAUAUACUAGGAACUUUUUAAAAUUAUGUUUUAACCGUUUUUUAUAUGUGUACUGUUUAGACGGAUAUUGGUUUGGAAAUAUUUUCUUUGAUUCAUGUCAACUUUGGAAACCCUGUGCGAGCAUUUUCAAGGCCCUAGCGCAUGCAAUUGCUCAUUUGGCUUAGAUAUUUUAUGAAGGAACGCAAUAAUGCUAUUAGGCUAUUUUAAGCAAAUUGCUAGUAAGGUUUUAAUCAUUAUUAUUUUAAAGAUUUUCACAAGAGGUUUAUUUUUUACCACUCAUCUUCAUUCGUUUUAUUUGGUGACAAACUCGUUUCCGUGGCGAAUGUUUCUUUGUAUCCUAUUGACGCCCAGUUUUCUGACGAGGAAGAAGAGACAAGGGUAUCAAGUUGCCAACGAAACGAGAUUAGGAGGAAGAUAAAGUGAAGCGAUUUUAAAUUUUCUAAUUUUUAUUUAUACAAUGCCGCAGCUAGAAGUCACAUCAGUUUUACUCAGUGGAGCAGGGUCGUUAUAUUUUAUUUAUUGAUAUGUUUUUAACAAGAAUYGAAAACAAAUUGAAUAAACGACUGAGACUCA